CCAAUUCCAUCCGAAUAUUGGCCAGUACCCGAUAUUGGGUAUGAGCCAUGAGCAGAGCGAAAAGAAAAUCAAAACAAAGCCCUAGUAUGGGUAUGUGCCAAGAACUGUAAGGUCAUCGACAUCAGCAUACCACGUGGCUCGUGACAGCAGGUGCAUUGCGCGAGCAGAAGAAGCUGCCACGUCUUCGCGUUCGGAGCGCUCACAGAUUUCUCGUCUACACCUCCGUGGUCUACCAUCAGCUCUACUCACUCGUGUCACCAGAUACCCUGUACCACAAGGACCGAGUCUGGCGCCUUUUCUCGUCCAGGAUAGUCGCAGUCUGAGCUGGAACGAAGCACUGCUGAAGGUGUCACCGCGACAUGAGCGAACAAGGUCGUCCCGAGCAGGAGCGUCAGGCCAGGGCUGACCAGCCUAAUGCCUCGGAGGGCUCCCCGUCGUCUGCUGACGGUACCUACCCGGAAUAUCUCAGCUCUGCACCGACCUUAUCUAUAGACUCCUGCGCCCCCAAACGUUCCCGGAAACGCUCGUCCUCAAAGGGUUCCUCCGGCCGAUCUCGCAAACGCUCACCACGCAAGAUUCUGGGACUCGUCUCCGAGGACGUGAAGCGCGAGGACAAAUCGGCUAGGAAGGAGGACAGCUCGAAAAAGGGCCUCUCGUCUACGGACUCGGCAGCAAGGAACGCCUCAGCUACUAGCCUCCUGGUGAGAGAGCUUCCACCAACGGACCUCUCGGCAAAGGAACUCUCAGCUGCAGACAAGACGGCAAAGGAUCAAUCCGCAAAGAACCUGUCGGAAAAGAACCUACCUGCGCAAAGCCUGUCCGCAAAGGAUAUAUCGACAAAGGCCAGUACGGCUGUGGUUCAGGACCUCUUGGGAAAGAAGACCUUCUCUAAGGACGUCUUGACAAGGGCCCAGUCGACAAAGGACCUCACGGCGAAGGAGAGCUCAGCGAAAGAUGGUUCAGCAAAUGAUAUUCCGGCACAGGAAAGCUCGGCAAGCAGCGGCCUAAUUCAGGAUGCUUUGAGACAGUGUCUGCCGGAAAAACAACCUUUGGUAAAGGACCUACCGGUGAAGGAAGGUGUGGUAAAUGACCUUUUGGCACGGAAAAACUCGGCGAAGAAGGCCUUGGCUAGGGACAUUAUGACAAAGGAUAUGGCGGCAAAUGACUUGGCGGUGAAGGAGAGCUCGGCAAAGAAGCGCUCAGCAAGUGACCCUUCGGCAAAUGACACUUCGGCAGCGCACAUAUCGGCAAACGAUAUGUCGGAGAGGGCCCACCGGGACAACGCCAAUGAUGAACCAGGAAAUGCUGCCAGCAACGUUCCACAAGGGCAGCCCCACGUGACCCCAGAGCAGCAUCAGCGGCCGGCGGUGCUGUCUUUCACUUCCCUGAGCACUACGUCACCGCGGGACUUGACGUCACCGCUGACUGCAGCUGUCGGCUGCGGUUCAAACUCGUCGCCGGAGGACAACCCACUGGCUGAUCAGCUGGUGGCGAGCGUGCUGAAGGGCCGAGAGCUUCCGCUGCACCCGAGCCAGCUGCCCGUCAGCCCCAUGUUGGAGCGAGAGCCCCCGCGCAGGAGCAGGCGCGUGUCCCUCGACCUGCGGCCCAUCGUCGAGUUCAUCUCGCCGUGGCACCGAUCGUCCCUGUCGGAGUCGCUGUCUCAUCAACAUCCUCCCGGCCAAGAGCCCUCGUCCUUCGCUGGCAAGUUGGCCCCGACCGGUAGGGAGGAGUCCGGCCAUCGUGUCGCAGAGGGUGGCCUGUCGUCCGAUGACGUCGCCGAGGAAAAGCGAGUGCAGGUGUACCGACCCGUGCUCAAGGUGCGCCAGCCUGCGGUGGUCGAGCAGGAGCGACCCCCGUCGGUGCACCUGGACACUGAACAAUACUUUGACGAGUGCCCUCUUCCGGACACUCUUCCGGGUGGUGCUCUGAGCCUGGCAGUGGACCAACUGCAUUGGUCUUACUUCGAUGACGUCGACGCAGGGCUCAGCCGGGACAAGUCGCCCCGGAGGCGUGCUUCGUGCAUUCGUCAUCCGGCACAGCCACAGCGCCGAGGAUCGCGUGUCAGCCUGAAAGAUUGUCCAGUACGCCCACCGAGCAGCGCCAUCGACCCAUCCUCUGUGGACGACGUCGAGGGCGACUGCACCAAGGGUGUCCUGGUGCUCGUCUCUUGCGCCUGCCUGCUCGUGCUGUGUGCCUUGUGCAUGUUUGUGGUGCAGCAAAUGCUGCGCACGCCGUACGUCUCCCUGCCCUUUGUGUGCACCACGGAGGACUGCGUGACGCAUGCGCGCCGUAUUCUGCGCACGCUCGACGCGUCGGCGAACCCUUGCCUGAGCUUCCACUCAUACGUCUGCGGAGGCGGAAGCGCUGACGUCGCCAGCGAUGACGUGCACGUGAUGACGGCGCCGUCUGCCGGGGUGGCGAGUAACUAUGCUUGGGAAGCCGGUGACAGACUUCUACGGCGCAUCGACCCGGCACGAAGGCUUCACGACUACGAUGGAGCGGGCACGGGUUUGACGUGGUGGGAGCGCGAAAACAGUUCGGCCGAGUGCCGACUCGACAGGGCCCGGUCUGAGCACGAAGCGAGAGCCAUCGGCGACCUGUUCGCCCUCGACGUGGCUUUGGCGGCGAUGAAGAGGGUCUCGGAAGAUUCGCCGCUCAGGCUGAAGCUGCUGGAGAAGCUGACCGCCACGCAGACGUUCUACGUCAGCUAUUGCAGCCGCUUUUGCGGCGACCCGGACGCGCGGGAGAAGUGCGACCUUGCCAUGAACGGAUCCGAGUUUCAGGCCGCGUUUGACUGCCAGUGGUGGAUGUUCGAUCGCGGCUGCCCUUUCGUGUAGUCCCGAUGCCAGAUUUUUGCUGUUUUCGUUAUUUUGUUUCGUGUGAUAGUUGACUUUCCUACACGCCGAUUUUUUUUUUUUUUCAUAUUUCCGCGAGUCAUAUCAUGUCGGCAGGGAUGCAGCAACGUAUUAUCUUCGAAAUAUCCAUACCUACGCGCUUACUGCUAGAAUAACUGUGCAUCCAGUCAAAGCAGGAUGUGAAUAUGGGACCAGAUACCUAAAAACGAUUAUUGCGCCAUCUUUCCGGUAUGCACGUUUCUAGUUAUUGUGAACAAGAUGAUCGUAGGGUGAUCGAAAUAUCAUACGUUGGUUUAUCCUUAAUCUUUUUUUAAGGUGAGUGGUCGUUUUCUCUUUCUUAGGAAGAUGUUUCCGCGCCAAAGCAAUGAACUAAAUUUCUAUUAAUCUACAACAUUUGUUCCCAGGUUUUCUUUCGGUGUAUAACCAACGUAACCAAUGCUUUGUUUUUGGUGACAUGACAUGUGCUGCAUUGCAUUUGACAUGGUGAAACUGUGGUGAUUUGAGUUGUGGCUGUGCACGCACGUGUUCAUCGGGGCCUUGACGACACUCGUCGUUUCACCGGUGCUGCUUUGACAGUUUCGUCGCGGUGGUCGACAUCUCGCUAGUACCUUGGCACCAGUACGAGAACUCUU